CGCAGCCUUAGGGUCUUCAGCUUCUCUCCCAGAGAAUUCACGUGCUCUUUGAUGUCUGGUCCAUGGUUCUCCGCCUGGGGCAUCACUUCCACCAGGACAUGAAGGCACAGUGCAUUUCUCACUGUCUCCUGGGCAUGACACUCAUCCUUUACUCGGUACACACCCACAGUCUCAGGAGAUGUCUUAUUUCUGUGGAUAUGCGCCUUAUAGAAAAGAGUUUCCAUGAAAUCAAAAGAGCCCUGCAAAAUAAGGAUACUUUCCAAAAUGUCACUAUCCUGUCUACACUGCAGAGUCUAAAGACCAUUAAGCCCAUAGAUGUGUGCUGCGUAACCAAGAACCUCCUGACAUUCUACAAGGACAGGGUGUUCAAGGAUCAUCAGGAGCUGAGCCCCCAGAUCUUAAGGAACAUCAGCAACAUUGCCAACUCUUUCCUCUACAUGCAGAGAGCUCUGCAGCAAUGUGGGCAGAGAUGGUGCCAGUGCAGUCAGGAAGCCAUCAAUGCAACCAGAAUUGUCCACGACAACUACAAUCAGCUGGAAGUUCGAUCUGCUGCCCUUAAGUCCCUGGGAGAGUUGGACAUCUUUCUAGCCUGGAUUGACAAGAAUCAUCAGGAAACUUCUGCUACUUGACACCAAGAGCCUUGUCUGAUUACCAGGGAUACACAGCCCCCUGUGGUGUUUUCUGUGGUCAACAGUGAACUUUGAAGGGGAGAGAGGUGCAGAAAGUCCCCAUAGUCAUCCAAAUGGGGUCUUUCCCAGUAACCUGAUAAUUUAGAACUCUCUCUUCAUAGAGUGAACCUCAUAGGAAAAACUGGGGUUUGAGUAGAUCUCUCCUUGCUGCUGAAGCUCCCACUGGCUGACCUGAGCUCUCCGAUCCCCCUUGAAAAUAGACAGACCACCUGCUAUAGCACUUAUAGUGAGCUAUAGCUGUUGAAAGACUUAGAAGUCAUUGUGGAAGAAAAAGUCAGCUCCUCUAAUUUAUUGUGAAGUAGUUUCACCCAUGUCUGCACCAAGUGAUCAGCUGUGGUACAUAUUAUACUGACUAACAUUUAUUAAUAAACUGUGCUUUA